AUGCUGAACAGCCCAAGUAGAUUUUGGAAGCAGUAUCGCAAGCGCAGAAGGGGUCUCGGUAGUGAUCAUGAGGCAGGUCUAGUCAGCCAUUGCAAAGCUCUUUACGAGCAGUCUGGGGUGGAUUGGGAGCCGCCUGGGGGAGCAACGAGGGGGCUUGAGUCCGGGGGUUUGCAAAGGAACGAGAGGGGGGCCAAUUCGCGUCUUGAGGCGCAGCUUUCGGAGGCGGAGGUGAGGGCAGCUCUAAGAAGCUUGAAGAACGGGAAAAGUGCGGAUCUUCAGGGUUUUACGGCAGAGCUGUUGAAAGCAGGGGAGGACGAGCUGGUCGGGGGGCUUGUUGGCGUCUUCAAUAAGGUUUUUGAGGAGGGUGUCUUUCCAGCAAGUUGGAACGAGGGGGUCUUAGUUGCGAUCUUCAAAAAGGGGUAUCCCUCGGACUAUGGCAACUACAGAACAGUAACAGUAGGCCCCGUUCUGGGCAAGCUGUAUGCCAUGGUCCUGAACCGGAGGAUAACGGAGUGGGCAGAAAAGGGGUCGGUGCGGGCACAGGGGCAGGCAGGUUUCCGGCAGGGGUUCAGGGGGACGGAUCACAUGCUCGCGCUUCGGGUCCUGACGGAAAGGUGUGGGAGGGGCAGGAAUCGGCAUCUGUUUGCUUGUUUUGUAGACUUCAAGAAGGCCUUCGAUGUGGUGCCUCGCCAAAAACUUUGGGCCCGCUUAAGUGAAAUAGGGUUGGGAGGGAAGGUCCUCCGGAGUGUGCAGAGCAUGUACGCUGGCGUGCGGUGCCGGGUGAGAGGUGAAGGGUGGAUCUCGAAGGAGACUUUUGAGAGUAAUCGGGGCGUGAAGCAAGGGUGCCCUCUAAGUCCCCUCUUGUUUGGGUUGUCCACAGACGGCUUAGAGGAGCUGAUGCGUAGCAGCGCAGGGGACCCAACGCUAAAGGGGGUCGCAGUUCCUCUUCUCUCUUUUGCGGAUGACGUGGUUCUUCUCUCAACUUGCGCGGAGGGUUUGCAGAAAAAGCUUGCGCUUCUUGAGAGAUUUAGUGAGCAGAGCGGUCUCUCGGUCAACCUCCAGAAGACGCAGGUCAUUGUCUUUGGAGGCCAACUCGGGGUUCAAAGGGUGAGGAACGAGUUUCUCUAUGCGGGAGAGCGAGUUGAGAUCGUCUCCAGCUACCGGGGUAUGGCCCAACGUGGGGUCGGAGACCAAGCAGAGAGAGUGCACCGGGUGUUCUUGCGGGGUUUGCUUCGAGUGAGAAAGUCGGCCCUUUCAAAGGCGGUUUUAGGCGAGUUCGGCCGUUUUCCACUGGUGAUCAAACGAUGGGAGCAGAUCUUCAAGUUCGCUAAACGGGUUGAAAGCCUUCCAUGUAAUCGACUAGCGAAGCUGGCGUUUGAGGAGUCGAGGGAGAUGACAAAUAUCAUGUAG